AUGGUUGUGCCUCUUUGUAGAUGUCGAGUACUGUAUAUCGGAUCAGCAGUGCCUAUAGUCACUAAAGAUGGUUUACAAGGAAUUCAGCAACCACUUCGUGAACGAUAUCCCGUUGAAGAAGUCACCGACACUAAGGGAAUCGAUAGCUGGUUAUCUGUUUGGUCAAAUGGAAUCCUUCUCGAAUAUAUUGAAGGAGAGCAAAAGAGUGAAACAGCCUUUUUCCCAAUCAACACUCUUCACUAUUGUGCCGCUGUUCGCUACGUGAAUGUCACUGGAUAUGCGAUUGAAGGCGGAGGAGAGAAAUUUCUUCCUUUGGAUUCACCAUUUGCCAACUUGCCCGAUUCCCCACAUCCUCCAAUCUUUGCGGCGAUUUUUCGCCGAACUACUGGAGUCAAAGUUCUCGAAUGCCAUGGUUUUAUCUGCACAAACAAUCGUGCCGCCAAUGCACUCGUUCGAUGUUGUUUUCAUGCAUAUGCUGACUCUAUCUAUUUAAAGAUAGAUGAUAAGAUUCCUGGAUUGAAAGCAAUCAAAGGUGGGGAAGAUGAAAGAGGUCUUUCGUCACCUCAGCCACCACCUCGUUCUCCAUCACCACCAAAUUUAGAUGAUCCUGAAGAACUUGAUGGUCGAAAAUUAACCACAUUAGCUGGAUGGGAACGUCGACAACAAAACGGAGACUAUGAUUCAGUCUCAAUGUCUUCCACUUUAGGUCGUACCCCAAUGGCAAAGAAAGCAGCGAGUGAAAGCGGUACGGCCGCUCGUCAUGCAAUUGUACCAUAUGGAGCACACCGAAGAGCUGGAUCUGAAACCGAUCUCUAUGGCCCUGUUUCCCCGGCAAUGGCAAGAAUGGGGCCUCCACCACCACCACAUAUGCGCGGUUUCCCUCCUCAUCCGUUUAUGCCACCAUUUUUCCCUCCACCAUUCAUGAUGCCAGGAAUGAAGCCGCCACCACCUCCACCACCUCAUCUGAGACAUCCACCGCCUUUCAUGCCACCAUUCGGAAUGCCUCCACCACCACCAGGAAUGCCUCCACCACCACCAGGUGCCCGUCUUCCUCCACCACCACCUUUUCGAGGAUUUCCCCCACAUCCAUUCCUUCAAAAUCCAUUCUUCCCACCUCCUCCACCACAUUUUUUCCAUUCAUACAGGCCACAAAGCCCAAUCGCUGAAGCUGGAACCGGUCCAAUAAUCACAUCUGCUGACAGCAUGUAUGGAACCAUUCCUAGAGGUCGAGCUUUCGAGGAACCAGCUUAUGUUAGUGAAAUGUCAGGGAUCCCAGAAGCAAGCUAUGCUCCACACGGAUAUCGUCAGCACUACGAAAGCAUGGAUACACUACGUAGAGGAGCCCCUCGAAAGGGACCAGGCUCAUCAGCUGCAUCGGUACGAGGCGAGACUUCGUCAGCUGCUGCUUGGGAUGCUUAUGAGGCUGGGAUCUAUCGAAGACCGCAUUUAAAUGAAAAGGCUUUCUCGGGAACGUUGAGAUCAGAACGAGAACGAGAGUCGCAAACGAUCGAGAGUGAGAUUCGAGAGACCCGUCCCGACACGCCACCCGUCGACUAUGAGGCUUUUGAAGGAUUGCACAUCUCCGAGAAAUCGAAAAACAAUGCCCAUCAACGCUCGGCUGUUUAU